AUGGCAUCCGCUCCCCGUCUUCGAGUUCCGUCCCCGCAUCCCCCAGAGGCGCACAAAGCGCGGGCAAUGGAAUCUAUCAGCGACACCGCGUCCAAGGCCCGCAAGGCAGGACGGCCAGCUCUUCUAUGGUUCGAUGAGAUGCCGAAAUGUUUCCGACUUGAAUCUAACCAGUGGAUUCUCCGUGGCUAUCGGCCCAUCUCAGGCUCGGCUCACGCUUCGUUCUGCAGUUGGUCGUAUAUUCACAACGAGUCAGUCAACAUCUAUUCUCACCUCAUACCAGCCGUUUUCUUCCUGUGUGGCGAGUGGUAUAUCCCGCAAUACCUUGCCAGCAGAUACUCCGGGGUCACUGGCGCCGAUAUUAUUGCUUUCUCCAUCUUCAUGUUGACAGCCGCCACGUGCCUGUCGUUGUCGGCAACGUACCACACCUUGAUGAACCACUCCCAAGAGAUGGGACAUUUCUGCCUGCGACUGGACAUGCUGGGUAUAGUGAUCUUCAUACUGGGCGACCUUGUCUUGGGAAUAUACAUGGUUUUCUGGUGUGAACCGUUGCCACGCAAUAUCCACUGGUCUUUGGUUAGUUAA